UGGAUAGGGUAGGGGUCAGCCGGUCAAGGACAGAGAGAUCUCCUCCAGUACAUUAAGCAACAAAACCCCCCAUCCCUACCUGCAGGCUGCAGCCUCUUCCCCUCUCCCGAACCCCACCCAUCACGCGAGUUCCCCCGCCGCGAUGUCCGAUCACCGGGCGAAGCGGCCGUCCGACGGCGCAGCCACGGUGGCAUCGCCGGCGGCGAAGCGCGCCCGCGACCUAUCCGCGCCGGCGUUCCCCACGAACAAGGAAGCUUCCGACAUGCCCCCCAAGAUCCGCAUCUUCUGCGAAAUCCUGGCCUCCCGCGCCGACGACGAGAAACUGACAGCCGAGCUCGACAACUCCGACGUCCGCGUAACCACCGCUGACGUCGAGCAGGUGCUCCGCUUCUCCUACGCGCACCCGCGCGCCGCCACCACCUUCUUUCGCUGGGCGGGAUUCAAGCACCUCGGCCACGAGCACUCCCCCUACUCGUGGAACCUCCUCGUCGACUUGCUCGGUAAAAAUCUCCUCUUUGAGCCCAUGUGGAACACCAUCAAAUCCAUGCACUCGCAGCGGCUGCUCUCGCUCGCCACUUUCGCCUCCGUAUUCUCCUCCCUGGCGGCGACCCCCGGCGGUUCCCCGCUCAAGGCGUUCAUGGACAUGCCGCGCUACGGCAUGACCCGCGACACGCCAGCGCUCAACUCGCUCCUCUCCGCGCUCUGUCGUGCCAACCGCCUCGACGACGCCCGCGCCGCGAUCCCAGUAGCCCGCGCCGAGGCUGGCACGGCCCCGGAUGCCGACUCCUACGCCAUCCUCCUCGAGGGCUGCGAGGCUGCCGCCGACCCGCGGGUUGCGCGCGAGGUGUUCGACGAAAUGGUGCACGCGAUUGGCUUUAUUCCUGACAACGUGCCUGCCUAUGACUCCUUCCUCACUACCCUUGUUUCAAGCGACUCCUCCACGGCGCUACCGGAAGCAAUGCAGUACCUGCUUGUCUUAAGCAGGCGCGGCUGUUCGCCAGGAGAGAAGUUCUUCCGUGCUGCUCUCACUGCACACCUUAAGGCACGACAAUUGCUAGGUGCCAUGGAGCUCUGGGAUGACUUUGUUGGGCGUCGAGGGCUUGUCCCAGAUAUGGAAAUGUAUAACACAAUGAUCUUGCUGCAGGGCAGUCUUGGGCAGCCUGAGGUGAUAGUGAAUUAUCUCGACGAUAUGAUCUCCAAUGGAGUGUUCCCUGAUACCAACACAUACAAUGUGGUCCUCCAGCUUUUGCUGAAGGGAAGGAAGCUCCGAGAGGCAGCUGCAAUAUUUAGUGAGAUGAUCAAGAAUGAAUGUUGGCCAAACGAGGAAAAUUGUUCACUUGCACUUCGCAUGUUUUUGGAUACACGCUAUUGGGAGACUGGGAUCAAAGUCUGGAGCUGCAUGGUGGAGAAUGGCUUGCCACCUUUAGAGGAGUGUGGGAACAUGCUUGUAUCAAAGCUGAAGGAUGACAGGCUACCUGAGGCAUGCAAAUGUGCAGAAGACAUGAUUGAUCGCGGUAUCAAGUUGAGUUCAUCGACACUGUCCAAGCUGAAGCAGUGCCUGCAGAAGAUUAAGAAAGGAGAGAUCCAUGAUCACCUUCUUAGAAAAUGGAAGGCACAUUAGUUCGUUGAGCUCCCUUGUAUGCGUAGCCUGAUUAAAGACGGUUGGGAAUGGGAUCUUAGUGUUGACACUGAGGUUCAACUUUUUAUCACUCUGUAACUUUUCAAACAACUACAUGGAAAUUAUCAUAUUAAUGAGUUGGAGCAUUUGGGCCUCAAGGAAUGAACACAUCUUCCAAGGAAUUCUACCGUCUAAUUGCUGGGCCUUUUUCAAGAAAGAGUUAGCUCUGGUUACCCAUAGAGCAAAGAAGAAAUAUUUCCCUUUUAUAUAGAAGAAUGGCUAGAGCACCGAUUGUAAUCUUUUUAAUAUUAUUUGUGUCCUUUUUUCGCUUCAUGUUAGAUUUUUAUUGCUUGCAUAUUUCUUUUUUCUUCUAUUAUUAAUAUAUUUUAACCAGUAGGGGGGCACCCCUCCUGUUUGUGGGAGCUUGUCUUAGCUGUCUGGUUGCAAUUUAGGUAGCUGUUCCUUUUAUGUAUUUGCAGAAUUAUCAAUGCAACAGUCUAGGCAUAAAAGUGCAUUGUAACAUUACCAGGUGAAAAUCGUUUGGUAUCUUGACAGUUUAA